AUGACCCCCAUCCUCACAGCCCUGCUUUGGCUUGGUCUGAGUCUGGGUGCCAGGACCCAAAUGCAGGCAGAGACCUUCUCAAAACCCAAAAUCUGGGCUGACCCAGGCUCUGUGAUCACCUUGGGGAGCCCCGUGACCAUCUGCUGUCAGGGGACCCUGGAGGCCCAGGAGUACCACCUGUAUAAAGAGGGAAGAUCAUUUCCCCGGGACAUACAGAGCCCACUGGAGCCCAGGAACAAGGCCAAGUUCUCUAUCCCAUCCAUGACACAGCACGAUGCAGGGCGAUAGCAAUGUUACUAUCACAGCCCUGCCGGCUGGUCAGAGUCCAGUGACCCCCUGGAGCUGGUGGUGACAGGAAUGUACAGAAAACCCACCCUCUCAGCCCUGCCCAGCCCUGUUGUGACUCCAGGAGGGAAUGUGACCCUCCAAUGUAGCUCAAGCCUCAGGUUUGGCACGUUUGUUCUGACUGAGGAAGGAAAAAACAAUCUCUCCUGGACCCUGGACUUAGAGCAACACCCUGGUGGGGAGUUCCAGGGCCUGUUCUCUGUGGGCUCCAUGACCACAAUGCACAGGCGUACGUUCAGAUGCUAUGGCUAUUACAGGAACACACCCCAGCUGUGGUCAGAACCCAGCGAUCUCCUGGAGCUCAUGUUCUCAGGUGUGUCCAGGAAGCCCUCCCUCCUGACCCAGCAGGGCCCUGUCAUGGCCCCCGGAGAGAAUCUGACCCUCCAGUGUCACUCUGAUGUCAGCUAUGACAGAUUCUCUCUGUCCAAGGAGGGGCGCCAUGACCUCCCCCAGGGCCCUUGCUGGUAGUCCCAGGCUGGGCUCUCUCAGGCCAACUUCCCCCUGGGCCCUGUGAGCAAUUCCCGCAGGGGCAGGUACAGAUGCUAUGGUGCACACGGCCUCUCCUCUGAGUGGUCAGCCCCCGGUGACAUCCUGAUCGGAGAACAGCUCCCUGACGGAUUCCCCCUCUUGGUGCAGCCCGAUCCCACAAUGGCCUGAGGAGAGAACAUGACCUUGCUGUGUCAGUCAUAGAGCCUGAUAGACACUUUCCUUCUGUCCAAGGAGGGGAUAGCUGAUCCCCCCCUGCAUCUUAGAUCAAAGUACAGCGCUCAGUAGUACCAGGCCAAAUUCCCCAUGAUUCCUGUGACCUCAGCCCCCGGGGGGACCUACAGGUGCUAUGGCUCAGGUAGCACCUCCCCCUACCUAUUGUUAUACCCCAGUGACCCCCUAGAGCUCAUGGUCUCAGGUGAGGCUUCCCCACCCCUCUCUUUGUCCACAAUUCCUAGCCUCAUACCCAAGGAUUACAGAGUAGAAAAUCUCACCCAGAUGUGUAUGGCUUGUUUGAUCCUGGUGGUGUUCAGGAUUCUGGUGUUUGAGGGUUGGCACAACCAGAGAAGCCCCCAAGAUGCAGCCAGGAGGUAG